GCUGGAGGAUUAUUGCUGUCAAGCUUUCACUGGAGAAGCAACGGGUGUGGAGGCAGUCUUCCUUCCGCAUUGUCUUUACUCAAACUCAGUCAAGGGUCAAAAAUCUCCAGGAAAAGUUGAGUUCUUUUUCUCAUUUGGACACUGGACUGUGAAUCACGGGGACUAACCGACGUCUGCUUUCUCACUCUGGAUCGGAUCGAUCUCGGGAGGCACCGAAACCUGAAAAGAACUGGAAUCGAUUUUGUUUUUGAGAUGUAAGGACCGUGGACAAGACGAAUCAAAGACUAGAAUGAGAAUCAAGAUGAGUGGCUUGAAUAGUUUGCCUUACCUGGGAGUGUUGGUCAUGGCAGUGAUUGGCAACAAGAUGCUGGACGACUGUCUGUCCUCCAAACGUCGAUUCACGAUGAACGUUGUGCUGCUGGAAGACAACACGUAUGAGUGGAGUCUGCCCUUAGUGCAGGCUGCGGUGGAGCGAGCCAUCGAAGAGGACAGGAAGGAGAACAUUAAAAAUAAUUUAACCUUCACUUUGACAGCCAACUUCGAAGGCUUCAACACCACAGUGUACAACCGGCAGGGCUGUGGCAGCAGCACCUGUGAGGGUGUCGCCAUUCUCAAAAUGCUUCAUAAAAAUGGUGACGCUGGAUGUGUCAUGCUCGGGCCUUCAUGCACAUAUGCCACCUUCCAGUUGAUGGAUGAUGAAAUUGGCCUGACCUUGAGCAUUCCCAUCAUUUCUGCGGGGAGCUUCGGCCUCUCGUGCGACUACAAACCCAAAUUGACUCGCAUCUUGCCGCCGGCACGCAAGAUCUCGGACAUGUUCUCUCAUUUUCUGUUGGACCAGUUGCCAUUCAAAUAUGAGUGGAAGCAUGUUUACGUUUACAAGAAGUCGAUCUAUAACACCACCGAGGAUUGCUUCUGGUACACAAAUGCACUGGAAGCGCCUUCCGCCAACUUCGCUACAACACUUAAGAGGGAGAUGCUACGUUCUGAGGAUGAGCUAAAGAAAGCUCUCAUGUCUGAGAAAAGACACAGUAAUAUUUUCAUCAUUUGUGGCCGUCUUGAUGACGUGAUUUCAAUCAAGGCCAAAGUGACCCAGAUUCCCCGAGAUACCAUGUUCAUUCUCGUGGACAUUUACAACCCUGAGUAUUAUGUCAAUACGACUUCCAGUCAGGGCAUGCACGACGUCCUGGUCGUCACUCUCCCACAGAGAAACUACGACUACGGCUCGAGUUUACCCUAUAACGACACGAUCAAUGACUACGUGGCUGGUUAUCAUGACGGCGCUCUACUGUUUGGUAAAGUGCUCAGGGAGAGGAUGCUCAGUCAGCAGAGGAACCAAAGCAACCGAGGAGCUAAUGACGUCCCACUCAGUGACAACCCAUUCGGGAAUGUCUCUUUCUAUGGUAUGGGAGGUCACUACGUGCUGGACGAGUACGGCGACAGAGAGGUUAACUUCUCGAUGAUUUACACAUCGACUCUUACCGGCAAGUAUGAGACUCUGCUAGUAUUUGACACAUCGAAGAAUGAAUCUAUUGAGGUGGCCGAAAAUUAUCAUCUCUAUUGGAAAGGAAAUCGCCUGCCCCACGAUGUACCAGAUGAUUUACACGGCUUGAACCUGCAGGAUGUGAUUGUGAUCGUUCUGAGCCUCAGUGUCGUCGUGGUGACCGCCAUCGCGCUCAUCUUCUACAAGCAGAACAGAAAAGAACGCCAAAUGCAGAAAAAGUGGUCUCACAUCAACCCUCACCUGAUUGGGCCGCUGGAUGAGAAGGAGGUCUCCCUAAAGAUUGAUGAAGACAAGAGGAAGGACAGCACGUUCUACUCACGUCGAGGCCGCUAUGACAAAAAGCCGGUUAUCUUGAAAGAGCUGAGACAAACUGAUGGAGACUUCACAGAGGACCAGAAGAUUGAGCUGAACACUCUGCUGCAUAUCGAUUACUACAACUUGACUAAGUUCUAUGGCACGGUGAAGUUUGAGUACGCCGUGUUCGGAGUGUUUGAGCUGUGCCAGAGGGGAUCCCUCAGGUACAUUCUGAACGACAGAAUCUCCUACCCAGACGAAACCUUCAUGGACAGGGAGUUUAAAAUAUCAGUCAUGUAUGACAUCGCAAAGGGCAUGUCAUAUCUCCACUCCAGCAAUAUCGAAGUCCACGGGCGACUUAAGUCCACCAACUGCGUGGUAGACAACCGCAUGGUGGUCAAGAUCACCGACUUUGGCUGCCACACCAUCCUGAGGCCAGGCAGAGAUGUAUGGACCGCCCCGGAGCACCUCCGUAAAGAUGGGGUCUCUCAAAAAGGAGACGUCUACAGCUACGGCAUCAUCGCACAUGAAAUCAUUCUGAGGCAGGCUCCGUUCUACACGCAGCACUUUUUGAGCCGUGCAGAAAAGAUGUACAGGGUGCAGUAUCCCAAUGAGAUGGGUGUCUUCAGGCCGGAACUCCACUUUGAUGGCGUGUCGGACAAAGAUAUCGAGUUGCACAUGCUGAUAAAGAACUGCUGGGACGAAGAUCCGGAACGGCGGCCGGAUUUUAAGAAAAUCGAGUUAACUCUGCGUAAGAUUUUCAGCAACUUGCACAAUCAAGCCACAGAAACAUACAUGGACAACCUGAUCCGUCGCCUCCAGAUGUACUCGAGGACUUUGGAAAAUCUGGUGGAGGAGAGGACGUCCUUGUACAAGGCCGAGAGGGACCGAGCGGACCGCCUUAACUUCAUGCUACUUCCUGGCCCGGUGGUGCGCUCGCUGAAGGAGACGGGCAGAGUGGAGCCGGAGCUCUAUGAAGAGGUGACGGUGUAUUUCAGCGACAUUGUUGGAUUCACCACCCUUUGCCACUACAGCACUCCCAUGGAAGUGGUGGACAUGCUCAAUGAGAUCUACAAGAACUUUGACAGCGUCCUCGACCACCACGAUGUCUACAAGGUGGAGACCAUCGGCGAUGCCUACAUGGUCGCGUCGGGUCUGCCUAAACGCAAUGGGGACAGGCAUGCGGUGGACAUUGCACACAUGGCGCUGGACAUCUUAUCAUUUGUUGGGACGUUUGAGCUGCAGCACUUGCCCGGCAUUCCUCUGUGGAUACGUAUUGGGGUGCAUUCAGGUCCUUGUGCUGCCGGAGUCGUGGGGAACAAGAUGCCUCGCUACUGUCUCUUCGGAGAUACGGUCAACACGGCAUCACGAAUGGAGUCCACGGGCCUACCUCUGAGAAUCCAUAUAAGUAAGUCCACCAUCAACAUCCUGCAAAGGACCGAUUGUAAAUUUGAGUAUGAGCAGAGAGGAGAGACGUACCUGAAGGGCAAAGGCAAAGAGAUGACUUACUGGUUAACCGGAGUAACUGGAGGCAAAUACAAUCUACCCACACCACCAACAGCGGAGAACUGUCAGCGACUGCAGCAAGACUUGGCAGAGAUGAUCGUAUCCAGCCUGGAAAAGCGCGGCAAAGGCCGGGAGAGCUUUGAAAAGAGGAAAACCUUGUCCACCAGACGGCGAGAAACCAGCAGCAGCCUGCAGGGAGAGAGCUCCCCCGAAUACUUCCACCUGGCUGUCACUGACAACCCGAGUACUUAUCUGUGAUGACGGAGUACCGAGUCCUUCGGCGUUGGCCAUAAUCUGCACCUGUUUGAAUGCACGCUUGCUCGACGGGGACAGAGCCGCGGUGACUCGCGCGGGAAUGUGGAAACUGAGACUCGGAGUGUGCCCAUGCGGUGAAAACUCAAAAUUUUUGCAUCGCGGUCAUUCUUUACAGGCAGCUGCCUCCAGCACAUUCUUCUUGCAGUAACCUUCUAA